UGGUUGCGUAGUUACGCACACCACGACUGUUAACAAUAUUUCAUUCAUUCUUAUAACUUAUGUCCAAUAUAAUUUUCUUUAUUAUUCCCAUCUUUUUUCUCAUUGUUUUUUUCCACAAUACAUUUUACAAUGUGUUCUACCAAGUUGAGGAGUGAAGCAGGGCGUCAUUGUAGAACCAAACACAGGUCGUUUGUGAGGCGGCUGGUUCUGACGGUCAUGUGCAAUGUGUGUAAAGAAAGCUACUUAUUUUAAAGUCAAAAUAUUUACAUUUUAUAGUAUAUCUAUUGUUUAUAACGUAUUUUAUUCUUAAUUUUAUACUUAUGUAUAUAACUCCAAAAUACCCCUAUGAAAAUUAACCAUGCUUUUACUAUAGUAAAAGUGUAGUAACCAUGUUUCUUUGGUUGGACUAAUAAAGUUAACAUUUGUACAGCCACAGUAUUACUACAAAUAAGUCAGUGGUUAAGCUCCUUCCUCCCGCACGCAAUGGGUUUGUGGGCAAUGUUAGCCGUUAGAGUGUGGCCCUGUCCCAAAUGGCGCACUUCAUGUGGACUUUCGGUCUCGUGGUCUUAAAUUGCGCGUGCUCAUUUUUACGCUUUGAAGUGUGCUCAUCAGCGCCUCCUUUGCCCCACUUGAUGCGGUCUUAGCGAAGCCCGCACUGCAGCAGGCUUCGCGCACUUUACCACCCCGAAGUCCUUGCGAAAGUCCAAACAGACAAUCAUACAACGAAAGGGAGGAGUUCACACUGACGGGGAUACUCAUUUCAACAUACUACGAUUUGGGAAGUACUAAUUCUAGUUUCGCAUACUAUUUAGGAGGGAUAGUAUGCGAAUUGGGGCUCAGCAUAUGGCUCUUUGAGGGGAUCCGGAUCUUGGCGAUCCGUUCCUUUCAAAGAGCCGUUCAAAAGAACAUCUCUUUUGGCUCUUUUUAAAUUUAGUCCGUUUUAAGAAGCCAGCUUGGGGGCAUCUCAGUUUAUCCUGGAAAAAUCACUAGGAGGAAUGAUGAGGUGAGAUUUGUAGUAAAAUAAUUAAAACUUAGAUAUCACACACCAAUAUGAGUUUAAAUUAUUCUGAAAUAUUGAUUACCUCAUUUGUCAUGUGUGGACUAUAUUCCAUAGGGUUGCACAACAUCCAUCACUAUUUUGGAUUUACCUUUAGUACAAAGUGUGUAUAUGUGUAAAGCUACGUUGACUUAUGUUAUUCAUACAAUACCUACUCACAAAUAAACAUCAAAAACAAAGCCGGCUGCAAUGAAUUUCUGUGCAAAACAGCUUUUACUACAAACACUUCCACAAAUUAGAAUAAAUAAAAUGGAAAUGUCUACAUACAGUCCACUAUUACUGUAAACUUUGCAAAUAGGACAUCAGCCCCUUCAAGUCUUAAAUGAACAAUAGCAAAGUGGGCUGCACUAGGAAAAAAUAAUGACAGAAAGAACGGCUCCCCUCCAGCCACGACUCGGCUCCCAUCGUUCAUGUUUAUGAGCCAUUCAAAAGAAUCGGUUCGUUCGCGAACGUCACAACUCUAUCCCUCACACGCAAGAUUUUACUCCUUCUGGAUUUAUACGUCCCCCUGCCUAGUGAAAGGACGAUCCAUGAGCAUGACAACCAACAAAUCCAGAAGCAGGAAGGGCUUCGCCAAUCCUGUCACACAUGUAACUAGCUCCUUUACUUAGGUUGUUCUACAGUUUUAACGGAUUUUCGAAACAGUUAUGACGUAAUGAAGCCUCGUUUGCUAAAAUCACGUGACUUGGGCCAGUUUGAAACACGCUCCGAACCACUGAUUCGAAACAAAUGAUUCAUAAAUGUUUCGAAGCCUCAUGAAGCAGUACUUCGACAACGACCAUCACUAUCUGGCACGCCCACUUUUUCUCGACACAAGCUCCGAAGCCUCGCUCGCUUCAAAUCUAACAUCACUACAAUGACCAUCUUUGUCUGUCUGUCUGUGCAGUUUAAGUACGCACAUUUGCAGCCAUCUGUUCCAGUAGCUGUGGUUAAGGAGAUCUUACUGAAUCUGCCUGCAGAGGAGGUGGUAUUAAAGUGUCGUUUAGUAUGUCGUGAAUGGAAGAUGUUGGUGGACUCACAGUCACACUGGAGAGGGCGCUGUCGGAGAGAGGGGAUCGAGCCUCAUAAUACAUCACGAGCCCCAGCUGACUGGCAGCGUUUUUACUUUCUGAGAAAGAAACAACGUAACUUGCUUAAGAAUCCAAAAGCUGAAGAGAAAUUAAAUGGAUGGGAGAUUGUACACAACGGUGGAGACGGUUGGGCAGAAGAGGGAUCCAGAGUACCACUUUUUGAAAACACAGUCACCAAAUGCUUUAUAACCUCUUACAUGUUAUGUUUAAAGCAACAAAUUAUUGACCUUAAGAAAGAAGGUUACAGUCCUGCUAUAAUGGAUCAAUGGCAACCAAAUAUUAAAAUAUCAGAUUGGUAUACACCACGCUGUGAUUGUGGCUGUUACUAUAAAAUCUUUGUGAGGUUGCUUGGUCAGAAUAAAGAAGAGCUCCGAACUUUUCAUGAUAAAGUUGUCUUUCCUCAGUGGAAUGAUGAGCAAUGGUGUCACAUGACACACGUUCUUAAGAAUUAUGGACCUGGAGUACGUUUUAUUCAAUUUAUUCAUGGAGGAAAAGAUACACAAUACUGGAAGGGCUGGUAUGGAAUACGGCUAACUAACAGUAGUGUUGAGAUCUGUCUAGAAGAUGGGUCAUAGCAUUUUUCAGUCUGCCUGUUUACAUUUUUUUAACCAAAGAUAAAUAAUCCAUAUAGUAUACAUUGUAGUUGCCUUAUGUAUUACAUCAUGCAAUGCAGUUUUAUGAUAUGCAUCAUAUAGAAUAUACAGUAAAAUAACAUAAAAGUCAAAAACAAAUCUAGAAUUAGCACUUUCAAAUGGAGUCAAGUGACAAGAAAUAAAUUUAUAAGAUGGUAGAUUUGUGAUGCCAUUUUGUGUUGUAUUUUUAUGGCAAAAUUAAAAUCUGUUUUGAUUGUGAUCAUUGUUUUUACAGUAUAAAUGGGGACAUUUAACAAGAUGUUUUAGCUCAAAAUACUGUAUACGUAAUUUUCAUUAUAACAUGUUAAAAUUGCCACUUUGUAGGUGUGCGCAAAAAUGUGCUGUUUUGGGGAGGGUCCUUUUAAAUCCAAAUGAUCUGAUCUCUGCACUAAAUGGCAGUGCUGUGGUUGGAUAGUGCAGAUUAAGGGGCGGUAAGAGGGGGGGGGGGCAAAUUUCAAUGACCUAAUUUUUCACAUGCAGAGAAUGUUUUCACAUUUUCAAGGUUGAUAGAGGCACUAGGGACCGAAGUAUAGCAUGAAAACAUGGAAAAGGAUUACACUUGAUGCCACUUAAAUAUUGUAGUUAUGUAUGUUUGCCAUUUGAUUUUAUAGUAAUUAAAAAUAAAUUAUAGAAAUUUA